ACGCUCAACCGAUUCACUCUCCUGAUAUUCUACCGAUCAGUGCGCCUCAUGUUAUAAUGCAUUGAGCACUUAUAUCAUGCGGCCGUGCUCCUCUAGGUGUGACGCUGGGAUCCAUCCACAAACUUGACCCUCAACCGAUAUUGUCGUGCUCGAUAUGGACCAUGGCGUUUCUGGCGUGUCGGACGACAACUCUACGCUAACAGAUACGGCAAAUGAUGCGACCCAAGAAGCACCUAUCUCGUUGACAGAGAUCGAUGAACAAGCACAACCGCGUUCGUCAAGCUUGUAUCGUCCUGGGGGAGAUAUAACGCCUUCCUCCGACCCAAGUCCCACUACCACGGAGGACCGUUCUAAUCUAAUCAAUGAGGUCACCGGAAAAUCACAAGAUCUUACUGGCUAUGCCACACCAAAUGCGGUCCAGCUGGAUGAGUCGGGCACCUACAGCCUCAUUGACAAUCCCCCGAACCUGGCCAGAAUUCGGCAGAUCAUGUUUGAAUGCAAGGAGCCUAUUGAGAUUAGCCUGCAGGAGUUCGAAACCUACUGGCCUUUCAUUGACAAUGUGUACGUCAAACAAAGAAGCAAUUCUAGCAAAGAAGGGCAUUGCACUACCGACUAUUUGAGCUGUCGCCUUCGUCGUAAGCAGGGAACGAAUCGAAGCUCUGGGACACGGCUUUUACCAGAGGGCAAGCGCCCUAGAAAGAGAAAGAUUCGAGAAGGGGGGCUUUGCAACUUUCAAAUCAAGGUCAUCAGAUUUGAGGGGGCUUACUCGACAGUCACCAUAGCCAAAACUCCGGGAAGCAGUCACGAGCACUCGCAUGAUCUCCUGUAUAUUGACAAGAUUAAGCGGCCCUCAGGACUCAUGGAGUUUGUGAGAAGGGAAGCAAGUAAAGGCUACUUGCCUUCUUCCAUUUAUAUGAAAUUCCGAGAGGAGCCUGAAAAGCUCAUUGAAGCUGGCGGCCGUUUUCUUCAGAUUACUGACGUUAGGAAUGCCUCAGCUCAUUGGAGACUGCAAAAUCCCGAGGUGGAUCUUGUACCACAUGAAGGUUAUGAAUAUCAAAAGGGCCGUGGCAUUGUAAGGGCUCGCAAUAUAGCAGAAAAGAAUAAUACCACGGCCGAUCGGGCAGUUCCGCGCGCAAGUACGCUUCCACCAUUGCCGCCUGAUACUCUUCCCUUUCCUCAGUUUCAACUUGACUUCCUAGAGCCCUAUCUUCCAAAAAGUGACGAAAGGCGCGAAUUGCCCCAUGUCACGCUGUCCUAUGCCUCCUCAAUGGACUCCAAAAUAUCCCUUCUACCGGGCAUGCAGACAGUGUUGUCAGGCCCAGAGGCCAAGUUAAUGACACACUAUUUGCGAUCACGUCAUGAUGCAAUUCUAAUUGGAGUCGGAACUGUCCUCGCAGAUAACCCAGGGCUGAACUGCCGGCUGCAAGGUGCUGGAGGGUUUGGUGGUCUCGGGCGCAUGUGGCAGCCACGGCCGGUGAUAAUUGACCCCACGGGACGCUGGUCCCCUGGGGCUGACUCUCGGUUACUCCGGACGGCAGUUGAGGGGAAAGGCAGAGCCCCUUGGGUUGUUGUGUCCCCUGGGGCUCAGAUACAUCCUUCAAAGUUGUUGAUGCUGAAGGGUUACGGAGGCGAAUUCCUUCGUAUCAUGGAGUACCACCAGAAUUGGCGACUCCGGUGGGAAUCUAUUUUUCGGGCUCUAGCUUCAGAAGGCAUCAAGAGUGUGAUGAUUGAAGGUGGAGGAAGGGUUCUAAGUGAGCUUCUGAAUCCCGAAUAUGCCGAGUUUAUUGACUCCCUGGUGGUUACACUAGCACCCACAUAUCUGGGUUCUGGAGGCGUCGGGGUAAGCCCAGAUUCCAAGUCUGACGCUCAAGGCAAGCCCAACGCGGCACUGAACCCAAGAGAUGUGAAAUGGGUACCACUAGGACAGAAUGUCAUAAUGUGUGGGAAGAUCAAAUCUGAUUCCACCAGCACGGUUUCAUCCUAA